AUGAAUAGAAUUUUUACUCAUAAAUACAGCUUAUAUCAUAUUGAAUAAUAAAAUAGAAAUGAAAAAAUAGUUAUAUGGACCUUAGAUUAUUUAAGAUGGUAGUGGAAAUAAUUAAAAAAGAUAUGGCUGCUAUAAAAUUUCAAUAUUUUUGUUUGCUAUGACAUUAUAAAACAAAAAAUAAUACCCUUAUAACUUGCAAAGUAUUCAGCCAAAAUAUUUCCUGGGUUUUGUAUUGUGCAAUUAGAAUUAAAAUAUUCAACUAAUAAACAGAAUGAGCCCAUUGAUCUGGAAUAUGUUUUUUCGAUUAAUGAAAACGCUGCUGUUACUAAAAUGAUCGUUAAACUAGGGAAAACCAAAGUUUAUGGUACAGUAAAGGAAAAGGAAGAAGCGAAGUAAGAGUAUGAAUAAGGUCUAUAAAAAGGAAAAACUAUGGCAUAUAGUGAAUAGGAUUCGAGAUUCCCUUAGAUAAAACGAGUAAAAGUAGGAUAACUUGCACCAUAAAAAUAAUUGAAGAUAACUUUUGAGUAUAUACAACCCUUAGAGGUGUUUCUAAAUAAAUUUUGGAAAAUCGAACUAUUCCCAGUUAUUGAUUAAAAUUAUGUAUAGGUCAAUAAAAAAUAGAUGAUUGGUAUUUAAGAUGAGCAGAUUUAUGAAUAUUUAAAUAGAUUAUUUAGGAUUUAAGAUUUCGAAUAUAAAUUUAAAUAAGAAAUUUAAGUGGAGAUAAAUUUUGGAUCACCUAUUACGUUUUGGAAAUCCCCUACUCAUGAACUUGUAUCAAUUAAUGUAAAAAAUAGUGUAAAAGAAAAUAAUAAACAUUUAAUGCUCUAGUUAGAAGAUAUUCCUAAUAACUACAACCCAAUUAAAUAAUUUAUCUUACUUUUUUCUUCAGAUGAAAUCAAUCUACCCCGGGCCGUUCUAAGUCGUACAAUGAAUGAUGCCUUACAAUAUUAAAAAUAUUGUGCUACAUUAACAUUCAUUCCAAAAUUUAAUGAAGUUUCUUUGGAUGAUGCCUAUUCGCAAUAUUUAGAUGGAUUAAAUAUAGCAGAUAAUCAAAAAAUAAAAAGAGGUAAUUACUUAUUCAUUAUUGAUCGAAGUGGAUCAAUGAGUGGAUCAAGAAUCAGAAAAGCCAAAGAGGCCUUGAUUCUGUUUCUAAAAAGUUUGCCUUAAGAUUCAGAGUUUAACGUUAUUUCAUUUGGUAGCUAAUUUAAAACUUUGUGGAAGGAUUCCAAAACUUAUUCAUAAGGUUCAUUAGAGACAGCAAUUAACCAUGUUCAAAACAUGGAUGCUAACUUGGGAGGAACAUGUAUAAUUGAGCCAUUAAAGGAGAUGGUAUAUAACAAAAAUUAUGGAUUUUCCAAAAAUACAACUCUGAAUGUGUUUUUGCUUACAGAUGGAGAGGAUGAUGCUGAUCCGAUAAUUGAUUUAGUUCAGAAAAAUAACCUAGCAUAAACGAGAAUCUAUACUUUAGGAAUUGGUGAAGGAUGUAGUUAAUACUUGAUCAGAAGAGUGGCUGAAGUUGGAAAUGGUAAACAUUAAAUUGUUAGUGAUAAGGAGGAUAUAAGUGAAAAAAUAAUUGAUCUAUUGGAAGAUUCCUUAACUCCAUAUCUAGAGGCUUUUACUCUGGAAUCAAACAUAACUAAUAUAGCCUCGAUUAUUCCUAAUCCAAACUCUAUUGUUAGUUUGAAAAAGAAUUAAGAACUCACAAUCUAAAUACUUUUUUCAAAAUAAGAGACACCUAAAAUUCUAGAGUUUAAGAUCAACUGUUAUGAUCCAUAAAACUAAAAAUAAAUUUAAUAUUCUGUAAAGUUAAACUUGAAUGAAUCUUAAAACAAUGAAUAUUUUCAUAAAUUGGCCAUCUACAAAUUUAUAACUUACUAUGAAAACUCCCUAUAAUUUGGUUAAAAUCACGUGAAUUUUAUAAAACUCGAUAAAGACAUAAUUGAUUCAAAAGAUAUAAUUGAUUUAUCUGUUUAACAUUAAAUUUUGUGUUCAAAAACGGCAUUCAUAUGUUAAGUGUGUGAUUUAGAAGAUUAAUUUAAAUAAUAGAUCUAAUAGAGAGUACCUAUAGUCCAACCUAAAUAAGCAAUACGCCAUUAAUAAUUGAAUGCUUGCUAGUAGAAUCAACGCCGUAUUUAUAUUCAACAACCAUCUCGAUAAUAUCAGUCUGCAGGCUGCUGUGGUGGAGGAGGUCCUUCAAAUAAGUAUUAAAACUUUAACACAUCUCCCUCACCUUAAAGAUAUGCCCCCUAAACUCAGCCAUUAUUAUAAAAAGAAAAGUAAACAGAUUAAAGCAUAAACAAGACAGAUAAUGAUUAACUUACUUAUGAAAAAUUGAUUAACUUUGCUCAAGCAAAUGGAUGUUUUAGAAUUAGUAAAGAAAUUAUAUCAAAAAUCAAUUUUAAGAAUCUUUUGAAUCAUUAAAAUCUAAAAGAUGAUGUUUGGUUUACUUUUCUAGUGUUAUUAUACUUUGAAAAAUAUUUUAGUCAAAAUAAAAAAUCAUGGUAUUUGGUUUAUUAAAAGGGAAUAUAAUAUUUGAAAUAGAAUGGAAUGGAUUAUAAGGCAAAGAAGAAUGAAUAUAAAUUAUGA